AUGGGCUGUCCUUUCAUGAGAAAUCCCAUUGAUAUCGAGGCAGAGCUGAUUCAUGCAGCUUUACGUCAGGAGAGGGUUUUGCGACCCCGUGUAGACAUACUGUCAUUCCCAGAUGAAUACCUAAUAGAAAGAUAUCGGUUUUCUUCACAGUCACUUACAUACCUCAACAAUAUCCUAUGGCCUUUCAUCGGCAAUAUCACUCACCGUGAGCAUGCGCUGAAAUCAGAACAAAUUUUGUGCAUUGCUCUACGCUUUUUUGCCAGUGGAAGUUUCCUAUACAACAUCAGUGAUGCAGAAAACAUAGGCAAAGCAACAGUUUGCAGAGCCGUUAGGAAAGUGUGUCUUGCAUUUAAACGUCUGCACAAUUUUGUAGUUUUCCCCGGGCACAAACCUGUCAAUGUCAGGUGCCUGACAGAGUUUGUCAUCCGCUAUUUUGCAGGGUUUCCUAAUGUAAUUGGCUGCAUUGAUGGAACCCAGAUUCCCAUCACAGCUCCUUCAGUAAUUGAAGGAGACUAUGUGAAUAGGAAGUCUUUUCAUAGCAUUAGUGUGCAGAUCAUAUGUGAUGCUGCACAUUUGAUAACAAAUGUAGAAGCAAAAUGGCCCGGAUCUGUUCAUGACUCCAGAAUUUUCGGGAGUCCACUAAUUUUGCUCUCUGUCUCUUCUGGCUCUCAAAAUAUGUUCACUGUCAAUUCAGGAGAGUGUGUAGGCCACCUAUCCUUAUAUCCUUGUCUACCUCUUCUGAUGACCCCUUACCCAGACCCAGAACAAGGCCCACAACAACGCUUCAACAUAACCCACAGCAGGACCAGAGCACGGGUUGAAAUGACAAUUGGCGUGCUCAAAGCAACGUUUCACUGCCUGCGUAAACUCAGAGUAACCCCUGAAAGAGCAUGCAACAUCAUUGUGGCAUGUGUUGUUCUUCACAAUAUUGCUACAAUUAGAGGAGAGCAGCGCCCUCCCAUACUAAUUGAAAAUGAUGACCCCAUCCCUCCGGCAGAUGUCCUGGAUGGCAGGGCUGUCCGGGACACCAUUUGCAGAAAUCAUUUUGCAUAA